CAGAGUGGAUUGAAAGACGGUGGGUUGAAAAGCCAUUUGGACUUUUGGACCCCACUACGAUAGACACCAACCUGUUCUUCGGCUUUGACGUGCGCGAUGGAGAGCAACAAUCUCCUCUUGAGACUCCUCCGAGGGUGCUCAGCGUCAAGACAAGCUCCAGAAUCAAUCUGGAUGGAUGAAACAGAGGACGAUCUCGUGGUUGUUGUGAAGGAAGAAGGAGAGGAUGUGGAAAUGGUUAUCCUGCACGUCUUCUCUUUCCUACUUACAACCCAAGAGCUGGAAAGCAUGGCGCUAGUCUCUAAGAGAUGGAGAGAGCUGACGGACAGACAGGAAUUGUAUCACUCGUUGCCCAGCGUGACCUCCGAGGGCUCUGUCAAUUGGAUCAAUUUCAAGAAAUUAGGCUUAAAGUGCAAGGGAACUGAAGGUGUAUGCUUCAAGUGCCUUGAACGCUCCACAGGUAGAACUCUAGCAAUGAAGAAGAUCAAAAUCUUUCCCGAGGAACAAGGAGUGCUAUACUAUAUGAUCCGAGUACUUGGAGUACUCAAGAGCAUGAAGCACGACCACAUUACGUCUCUGGAGUUAGUCAGUCUUGUAAAAAACGAGCUUCACUUGUUCUUCCCUUACGUGGAUAGAACGUUGGAUGAAGUAAUAAGCCCAACAAGAGAUCCUGAAAGAGGACACGCAUUGCCUGAGGCUGUGAUUCGUAAUCUUCUUCAUCAGCUUCUGGAUGCAGUUGCGUAUUGUCACCGUCGUGGAAUUCUGCAUCGUAAUCUAAAACCAAAACAUUUGCUGAUCAAGACGUCAGACCCGAAUACUCUCACCGAUGCAACGCUACAGAUUUCGGACUUUGCGCUAGUCCGAGCAACAGGAAUUCCUGGCCGAGCGUACACCAACGAGGUAGUGACGUUGUGGUAUCGUGCCCCAGAGAUAUUGAUGGGCGUGGUCGAGUAUUCUUCGGCAGUGGACAUGUGGUCUGUCGGCUGCAUAUUUGCCGAAAUGAUCAAAGGCAAGGCUCUAUUUACCGGCAUUUCAGAGAUGGAUCAGUUGUUCCAGAUCUUCAGCAAGCUGUCGACACCCAAUUCAGAAACGUGGCCAGGCUUCUCUUCCUUGCCAAACUACCAGUUUGAAUUCCCACAUUGGGAGCGGAGACCCAUGGCUCAGCUGUUCCCAGAAGUAUCAGGUCGUGGCCUUGACUUGCUAUCAAAACUGCUUUCGUACAAUCCAGACGAGCGGAUUUCGGCUGAAAAAGCGCUUUGCCACCCCUAUUUUUUCAACGAGGCGCCAGCGUUCUUCCCACUGACGCUCACUAAUUUCAUGGGCCAGAUGUGGCAUACGAUGACUCAAAUGUGGAGCUCUACUCCACAGCACGUGGAACUUUUCCACUCGUACUUGCGUCAAUCAGAGUCGGAAACCUGGGCGAAGAUCGAGCUUGUGAGCCGACAGGAAACAGUGACGUCCACACAUCGAUCCAUGCUUGUCGACUGGAUUAUCGAAGUGGUGGAUGUAUUCGAACUCUCCCCCAGAACAGCUUUUCUGGCUGUCAACUACACAGACCGUUACCUGGAACUUGCAACAGUGAAGAAAACGCAACUCCAAUUGCUCGGGGCGACCUGUUUGCAUGUUGCGUCAAAGAUGGAAGAUUUGACUUACAUUGGCGUGAACGAUCUCGUGAAAUGCGCUAGCUACGGCUUUACUGCCACGGAAGUGCGGGUGAUGGAAGUAAAAGUGUUGAACGCUCUCAAAUUUACACUCGUGGCGCCUACAGGUACAUUUUUUUUUGAACGACCCACUUUCGACAUGUUUAACCGUCGCUCCGUUUAUUACUGGCAGCGCUGGAUUUCCUGAACAUUUACGAGCGCAUGAUCCCGGCAAUUCCGACGAAGACGGCCAUGUUAGCGCACUACUUGCUAGAGUUGACGCUACAAGAAUACCAGUUCAUGAGCUAUUUGCCGUCGGUUGUAGCUGCGUGCUGCUUGUCGAUGGCGAUGUAUACGAUGGACGGCCUCGUGAUGACGAAGGAGCUGUCGAGUGUGUGCCAGCAUAAGUGGUCGGACUUGGAAGGUUGCAUGGAGGAGCUCCAGGCGCUGUUCUCAAACGGAUCAUCCGAUAAUCUUACGGUGAUCAGGAAGCGCUAUUCAAAGGUUGAACGGUGUGAGGUGGCAAAAGUUCCUCCUCCGAAGUUGUUCCGUAUGGCAUUUAACUGCCUGGUGAUUCAGCAUAACUCAUCCACAGUUUGAUACUGUGCGGCGUGCAGUCAGUUCACUAGCUUGACGUUUACUCCUUAUCUUGAGAGAAAUUGUAGCAGAAUUCUGACGAGCGACUGGAUAAUUACUCAAGUGUAUCCCGUUCAAACUUUCACCAAAUCAAACUGCACAAGAGUUGCGAAUUCUGUGUUUUCAAAGGAGUUGGAGAAAUAUCGCGAGCAGUUUCGCCAGCAGUUUCAUCGAUGAAGCGAUAUGCCGUGCUUCACCGAGGAGCGACUUGUAUCAUCCUGCGGUGAUUUAUGCGGAGUUGACAGGCAAGCCAAUAGCUCUUAGCAACACUUGUGCAUUUUUAUCAAUGGUGAGAACAAUCUGUCACCCGGGAGACGCCUGUCAGAUAGCCAGGUUGCUACAUGUACCACAACGAGACAUCGAACUGUUACAUUUGCCUGGUAGCCAUCUCCAC